CCCUCUGACCAGGAAUUUGUGGCCUAUGGAGUCAUGAACAUCAUCGGCUCCUUCUUCAGCUCCUUCAUGGCAGCUGCAAGUCUCUCUCGUUCCCUCAUCCAGAGUAACGGGGGGAAGACCCAGCUCGUUGGAUUCGUCUCGUCCGCCAUCAUUCUGGUUGUGUUGCUAUGGCUGGGACCACUCUUUGAACCACUGCCCAGGGCUGUACUGGCGGCCACUAUAUGGGUUGCUCUGUGGGGAAUGUUCAAGCAAGUCAAGCACAUCUGGACUUAUUAUAAACUCUCACCCUAUGACGUGGUGAUUUGGGUUGUGGUGUUUGUCGCAACGGUGUUGCUAGGCGUCGACAACGGACUAAUAGUGGGUGUGGCCGGAUCGCUCUUCAUCAUUGUCUUCAGAGUUGUCCUGCCUCACUCUUCCGUCCUUGGCCAAGCACGAGACACCGAAAUAUUCAGAAAUUUGAAAAAUUUCCAGGUAGACGCAAUAAAGGGCGUCCUUAUCUUCAGGUUCAUGGCCCCGAUCUGCUUCGUCAAUGCGGCCGUGUUCCGUUCCAGACUGGAAUUGGAAUGUGACCUCCACAAGCGACGACCGCCUGGCGGAGAGGAAAAAGGAUGUCUCCAAAAAAUUCUUCCCCCACCAGAGCAGGUAUGUGGGGAAAGGGGGAGCUAUGAGGUGACGUCAUCUGGUGAGGGAGGGAGGAGAAGGAGAGGGAGAAGGGUGGAGGAGGGAGAAGCUGAGACUGUUAGCGAAAGAGAUCUAAGAGUCACCCCAACUCUAAAGAGAACACAGCUUAUCCAUACAGUGGUGAUAGACUGUGCGCCAAUUAGUUUCAUGGACGCAGCGGGCGUCAAAACUCUCAAACAACUCGUCGUCGACUUCGACAAAUGCGAUGUCCAAGUCCUGUUCGCCGCCAUGACCGACCAAAACAGGAAUAUGUUGGACAGGGCAAAGUUCUAUGACAUAUGUGGCAAAGAGUGGUUGUUUCCUACAAUACAAGAUGCACUUCAUCAUGCUCAGUACAGCAGUACACUGCACCCAACAAAAGAGGAGAUAGGGGAAGAGACAGAGACUGACCUCAUUAAUGGAGAGGUUCCCUCCGUUCACCCACAACUACAAGAAGAAGGGGAGCCAGAGGUACAGGAAGACAGGCAACCUGCUAAUGCUGAUGGCGGUGACAGAGAACUGGAAAUUGAGACAGAAGUAACGGCCAGCUCUGGUGAAACGUCGACGACCAACGUUUAAUUAGCUCUAAUAAUCAUUGCUUAUUAUUAUUUCCAUCUGUUAUUGUGUAUUAUUUAAUGACCAAGACAUGUAUUAUCAUCCUAUCUUUCAGAGAA